GAAAAUGUUUAUCCAAUGAGACAGCUUUACAAAAUUUUAAAUAUCUUUAAAAUGGAAGAUGAAAUCUAUCUAAAAAAUAUCAAAGAAUUUUUGCAAAAUUACAAUAAAAUUACUGAUGAAUGUUUCACUCAAUGUGUGUACUCAUUUUCUCAAAGCAAAUUAUCAGAGGAAGAGCAACUGUGUGCAAAUAACUGUGUCCAAAAGGCCAAUUCAGUAGGUCAAAAAUGUAUGCAAGGAUUUAUUGAGCACCAACAAAAAUCUAUGCAAAAACUUGCUGAAGAGGCUAAUAAACAAAAUUUAAUUGAACAAGAAAACAAUAAUAUCCAAGAUGUUCCAAUUCCUGAAAAUAAUUCACCCCCAGAAAAUCAAAAAGAGGACUAAAAUAUUAAUUUUGUAGUGUUCAUGAUAUAAUAUAUAUUAUAAAUUGAUUAAAACAACCAUUACUUGGAUGUUAUCUUAAACAUUAACAUUAACUGUUUAAAAAUAUCUAUCUGUAAUAUUUAUUUAUUUAGAAUUAUGUGAAAUAGAAGAAGUUUUUUUGAAUAUAA